AUGACGGCAUCUCAGGAUGUUCAAGAUUCGUUCAACGACAGUUUAAAUUUAAACUUUUCGAAUCAUGCAUCUUCCUGCGGAUUGAAACGACAAGUCGAAAACCUCGAUACAGUUCUUCCUUCAUCGAAAAGGAUUUGUCCACAACCCGCCACAUCUUCAUCAUCUAAAAAAAUGGUGAAAUACCGAAGUUCACGGGAUUUUUUACGGCUGGCUCAAACCGUGAAAUCAAAGGACGAAGGUUCGAAGGGAUCCUCAACAGGUUUUGCUGGAUUCGUUACCGCUGGAACGAAUAAACUAAUAACUGUUUCGGAUUCGGCUCUGGAACUGGCUAAACGUCGUUUGAACGCUACGCUAGAAGACGCUCCCCAAAGCACUAGCUGUGUAGCAGAUACUGAGAAUCGAGAUCCUACCCGACUCCCUGUACUGUCAGACAGCAGAUCUACUCGUUCAACACUUGAGCCUUCUAUCACUCCUGUGACCAGAGCUAGAAGUAAACAUAAUCCACCAUUUCGAACGCCAUCAGCUGUUGUAGAGUCGCCCACGUCCACUGGAGGUGCUUUCAGCCCAAUGCCCUUCCGGACGCCUACGACCUUGUCUGGUGGAAAAAGAGCUCUAGCCGCAGGGAAGGUAGAAGUACAACUUCCGAAGACGUGUCGCAUCACAUGUGUUCGUGAUUUGAGAAGCUGUCAAGCAGAUACUGUCGAUUUCCUCGGCAUCGUAGUGGAAAGCCCAGCCCAUCGUCAUAAUCAAGUAACAUUCCAGUCGUUAAGGUAA